AUGCCUACCCAACUUUCUCAAGUUGAGGAUAUGCCUUCGGUUCAGCAGCACGUGCAGAUCCAUCAUACGGGUGCCGAAAUAACAGAUAUGGCGAGUAUAAAUGCGCCAACACUUCACGAUACGGUCAUGGUGGAUGCUAUCCCCGGAUUCUUCCCGGAUUGGAAUUUUUUACCCGGCCAGUGGACCCCGAUGGGCCCCUCAGACCUCGACCUAGCCCCGAACAUUGAUCUCGACGACAUGGACCUUCGCUUCCUCGACGCGUAUAACUUGAAGGUCCCGUUUGAAUUUGGCAGUGACUCGAGGAAUGGAUCCAUGGAGACGUUCCCAGUCGAGAAUACGUCGGACCCUUGUCGUACCGCAGCACUCUGCACAGAAGCCUUCAGGAACUCGCACUGGAGGUUUCGACCGAACGCCCAUGACCACGGCGGAGCGGAGGAACACAAUUUAUCAUUGCCGCAAAAUUCCGCUGACCACGCGUCGCCGGAGUCCCGGAUCCGAUUGGAAAAGCGGGCGACAUGCGCGAAUCUUGGCGUCCCGGCGCGUGACAAGAUCUUGACGAUGGUGAUUGGAAGCUGCCGACCGCAGAACCUCUCCAGAGCGGUCGCGGGUUUUCCAUCGGUCGAGCUACUGGACGCCCUGCUUCAGUACUCCCUCACAGCUCCGGUUGCGCGGCUCGAUUCUUUUAUCCACGCUGCGACGUUUGAUCCGAAUAAGAAGAGGCCUGAGCUAGUGGCGGCCAUGGCGGCAGCCGGAGCUGUGAUGACGGCGGAUCCGGCGCUGACCAAACUCGGGUAUGCCAUCCAAGAGUGCAUCAGGGUAGCGGUACCGAAGCAUUGGGAGAGAGACAACAGCCUAAUCAGGGACCUCGAACUCGUUCAAGCCUUUUUCAUCUCAUUAGAGAUUGGCCUAUGGAGCGGCCACGGCCGAAAGGUCGAAAUUGCCGAAAGCUUCCUGCAACCCGUCCUCACCAUGGUCAGACGUGGCGGCAAGUUUCGAAGAUCAGCGUAUCCCAAAAUCAUCCUGCAACCAGAUGAAGAGCCAGAGUCGGUCAUGCAGACGUGGCACUCUUGGGUGAACCAAGAGUCGUUCAAGCGAGUUGCCCUGAGGAUGAAGCAACAUGACUCAGACACAUCGCUGGCGCUAUUGGUCAAUCCUCUGAUCUCUUAUGCGGAAGUGCAACUUCCUCUGCCGUCCCCCUCAAGGUUAUGGAGUGCGCCGACGGCGGAUCAUUGGAAGGCGGAAUAUCUCGCCCAGGAAGAUUCGUGGCCAAUAGCCGUCACAGAUCUUCUAGAUAAUCCCGACGGCCUGCACACGCUCGCUGCCAAUAUCGACGUGACGUUUGGCAGCCUCGCGUUCCUUUCUUGCACUUGGAACCUGGCAUGGGAGUAUAUCCAGCUAUCGUCUCUUCAGAAAACACCACACCAUCGGUGGAACCCGCUCAUCAUGGCGUCUCGCCACGAAGAGCUCUUGAAGCUGCUCAGCCACUUCCAGAUAUGCAUGGAUGUGGCGUCGCCCUACGCGCCGGAGUUAACGAUGAGGUUGGAAAUCAUCUUUCUCCAUCUGCAGGUCCCUUUCGAGGACAUCCAGCUAUUCGCAGGCAUGGAUGGGCCGGAGCAGGCGAGGAUAGUCUAUCCCACUCUCGUUGAAUGGGUCGGAAGCGAGUCGGCGAGAAAGGCCGUAUGGCAUGCUGGUCAAGUCGUACGUUCGGCGCGGCUUCUGCCCAGGACGGCUGUGCAACGCGCCACGGCUAUCAUGGUCUACCACGCUUGCAUGACGCUGUGGGUUUACGGACUGCUUUCAGGAACCCAGGACGUGCCGGACAGAAAUGACGGCAGCGACGUCUCUGUGAGGGUUCCCCAGGCCGUUUGUCUGGAUGAGGUAGAUAGCCUUGCAAUUCAGAGGUUCGUGCAGUUUGGGAGGGGGCAUCCCUGCGUCAGAGGGUUUCCGGAUCUCCAGGGCGAUGGGAACACUCAUGGGGACGUGGUCUACUUAUGCCAUCCCGAUCGAGUCCUCGAGGUUAUGAUGGAGAUAUUAAGGGCGAGCCAUGGAGGUUUACCCAAGCCGCGACUAAUUGAACAAUUGAUUGGACUCAUGGGGGGACUUCAAAAGGCGACACGGAAAGGAAUGGACGGAUAA